GACGCCAUAUUUGUAUGUUGAUUGUUUUGCAAUGAAAUUUAAUGUUUACAUCUGAAAAUGGGAAAAAUUACUCAAAAAUUGUGAAAGUUUUUUGUUUAGUGAAUGUAUUCUCUGUCGAUUAUCAGACAAGAAUCUCGGUUUUAAAUUGAAUGUGAUCGCCGAAUUGUGCUGUUAAAUCAACAUUGUGAAGACAAACGAAAUCAGUUCAAUAUCUUAUUUUGCAAUGGAGCUGAAUUCUAUGAAAAACCUGGAAUUGGAUAAAAUUUGUCGUGUUUGUCUGGCUGUUAAAAAAGAAAUGCGACCGCUUUUCGGCGAAAUGGUUGCAGAAAUGUUGAUGGAGAUAGCUAAAAUACAGAUCGAUCAAAUGGACGGCUGGCCGGACAAGGUCUGUAUCCAGUGCAUCCAUCAAGUGAGCAGAUGCCACGCAUUUAAAACUCGGGUGGAAAAGUCCGACGUAACCCUCCGGCAGUACAUCAAAGGGAUUACGGUGGUUGUAGAAGAACAAGUGCCGAAGGAAGUAGCCAUUGAAGUACAGAGACCAACCAUUGCGGCUGCCCCGAAAAUGCAGCAAAUUCCGACUAUCCCACAAAUUCAGGAAAUACACAUUCAAAGGAAUGACAUUCCAACAAUCUCCGAAGCUCCUCCACAAGCACCGACCAUGAUACUGGCAAAUGCACAACUGCUCAAUGCGACUCCCCAGAUCAUUAAUGCUGGUCAUCUACUAGCCGGACAGCAGAUCAUUCAGGCAGCACCGCAGUAUCAUGCAGCUGCACAAAUCGGUCAGUUUAUUCAAGGUCCCAACAAUACGAUACAGAUGAUAACACACGGGGCGGCUCAUCCAGCUGCGCAGAUACUGCAGAUCCAGCGCACAUCAGACGAUCGUUGUGAAAUAAUUAUGCAACCCCCUAUUGAAGUACAGGAACAGCAAUACUACGACGAGAAUAGUGGUAACGUGUUGGCUGUGAAUCCUCUACAGUCCGUCCCCGUGAUGAUUUCCUCUUCAGCAGCCCUACAACAUCACGCACAAUUGGCACAACAUGCGAUACAUCAGCAACAGGUUCAUCAACAGCAACUUCAACAGGUGCACCAGCUAGCUCAUCAUCAGCAGCAUCCGCAUCAUCAGCAACAGCACCAACAACAACAUCAGCAGCAGCAACUCCAUCAUCCCCAACAGCACCAGCCAGAGCUUGAGCAGAUGGAAGAAAUCGAAGAACAACCAGAGGAUGAAUCCGAAGAGUCUCAUCUGAAAGAUGAUCAAGAACAGGAUUCGGAUACGGGAGAAUUGGAUGACAGUCAAAUCGAUAACGAAGAAAUUGUGGAUGAAGAAGAGGACGACGAAGAAGAAGAACCGCAGGAUGAAGCAGAGUAUGAAGAAGAUAACGAAAGUGUAUUUUACAUAGAGGAGUGCGAAUCUGACGACCAGGAAAAGCAGCUAGCUGAAUUCAUGGCAUAUCAAACGUCCUGUCCGAGCCCUGGCCGCUAUGUUUGCAAUUUAUGUCGCAAGGAGUUUACGCAGCCCAAGUUGUUACAAUCUCACAUGUCUUCGCACUCAAAUUGGUUAAAGGCGAACUGCAAAAAGCAACCGCAAUGCGAAGUGUGCCACAAAAGUUUUCGUGGUCCCGGAAUGUUACGAAUACACAUGAAAACACACGAGAAAGCAGAUAAGCUUCCCACCUGCUCAAUUUGCCAGAGGGAGUUCAAAUCGAAGUCAAUUCUCUACCGACAUCGACAAACGCAUUUCGAAAAAAAUUUCGCAUGUAGCCUUUGCGAUAAGCGGUUUAGUUCAAACUAUCAGCUAAAUAUGCAUGUCCAGCGACAUAAAAAGCAGAAGCCCCACAAAUGUCCUCAUUGUGAAAAGUCAUUCUACAGUUCGUCUGAUUGGAAGGCACACGUUAAUCAGCAUCUAGGAAUUAAAGUUGUCCACGUUAAAAAGGUUCCAUCAGCCAGCUAAUCUCGAACUUUCUCGGAUGUCCACCAUGCGUACCUUAACUACAGCACUUCCAGCGGUGUUCAGUAAUUAAUUGAAUUGUCUAUAUUUGUAUAAGUUUCGACAUAGCCGUAUUUGCUUUUAGAGAAAAUGUAGAUAUUAAGAUAUUUUUGUUCUGUAGUGCGAUAAAAGAACUUUGUACAUGAUAAUUAUGUAAAUUCACAAUAAUCGAAAUCAUCGGAGCUAUUCUUGGAUGUGAAACUGCUUGUGCAAUGCUUUAGUUAGGUAGUAAAUAUUUCCAGUUUUUAACCUAACGUUAUAGGUGAAAAUUAGAAAAAAAUAAUUUGACCGAUAUAGGUAGUACGUUGCGAACUCUCUUUUAGUUUAAAGUGAUCGAUUAUAGGAAAUGAUCAUUUAUCGGAUGAGUUUACUAUACCUACUCAUAUUUAUUUUUCUUAUUUAUAUGAGCAAAUGUAAUUUCCAUAAUUCCUAGAUUAAAAUCAAUUUUAAAAUAAAAAAUAUGAU